CCGACUGGCAGUCUCCGUUCGACAUGAACGUCAGCACUCCCGUUAAAAAUAAUGCAUCUCUCCCAUGCCAGGAGGACUUAGGUGCUGCUGAAGACCAGCCCUCUGGGUGCUGCCAGGCCGAUGCGCACCCGCCUCCUGUAUCUUCCCUCCUCCUUUGCCUCAGGACAGCUGAGGAUGUGUGGUCAGGUUCCGCCUAAACAUGGGGAGGCCACAGGUGGGAGGCUGGGGGUCUGCUGGGUCUCAGCAGACCCUCCUGGUCCCUCAGGAGACCUUGCCUUUGCCCCACUUGCUCGUUAUCCAACCUGGGCCAUGAAGCAGAGGACAGUUAGGGACCCUGAGCACAUGGGAUGGGGCCCGGCCAGUGGUCACCCCGGUACUCACUCCUCCCUGUGUGUCAGGCCUUGGGGGCCAUUCCAAGGAUUCUGACACACUGGGAUCCCUGCUAAGGCCCUGCCAAGGUCCUGGCUGUGUUUUGAAUUCCUGGUAAGGGUUGGAUGAAAGGGCAGGGUUCCAGAAACCAGCUCAGACGUUUGCUUGGGACCUGCAUGAUGAGUGGGAAUCAGAGGGCCCCAGCCCUGCUGUCCCAGGCUCCGGCCACCAUUUGCUCCCCAGGUCGUGCAGCCUGGGCCCCCACGCUGUGCAGCUCGCACAUAUGUGGGGCAGAGCAGCCACCCUGCCACCAGCAGCAGCCGUCCAUCAGAUGUAAUCAUUUCCUGAGGCCUCGAGUGUGUCGGGGUGUUUGUGCCUUAUAACUACCCACAGGAUGGUCACCCCCGCUUUGCAGAUGAAGAAACCGAAGCAGUUUUCCCGAAGGAUGGGGCAAAAAAAGCAGCGACUAGCCAAAGCAGAGCAGCCACACAGCCCGUCUGACACAGCCCAGGCACCUUGCCCCAAGGAGCCCUGUUUGGGACCACCCACCACCCUGGGCCCAUACCGCAGCAUCUAUUUCUCAAGCCCGAAGGGCCACCUUACCCGACUGGGGUUGGAGUUUUUCGACCAGCCAGCAGUCCCCCUGGCCCGGGCAUUUCUGGGACAGGUCCUAGUCCGGCGACUUCCUAAUGGCACAGAACUCCGAGGCCGCAUCGUGGAGACUGAGGCAUACCUGGGGCCAGAGGAUGAAGCUGCCCACUCAAGGGGUGGCCGGCAGACCCCCCGCAACCGAGGCAUGUUCAUGAAGCCGGGGACCCUGUACGUGUACAUCAUUUAUGGCAUGUACUUCUGCAUGAACAUCUCCAGCCAGGGGGACGGGGCUUGCGUCUUGCUGCGAGCACUGGAGCCCCUGGAAGGUCUGGAGACCAUGCGUCAGCUUCGCAGCACCCUCCGGAAAGGCACCGCCAGCCGUGUCCUCAAGGACCGUGAGCUCUGCAGUGGCCCCUCCAAGCUGUGCCAGGCCCUGGCCAUCAACAAGAGCUUUGACCAGAGGGACCUGGCACAGGAUGAAGCUAUAUGGCUGGAGCGUGGUCCCUUGGAGCCCAGUGAGCCAGCUGUAGUGACAGCAGCCCGGGUGGGCAUUGGCUAUGCAGGGGAGUGGGCCCGGAAACCCCUCCGCUUCUAUGUCCGGGGCAGCCCCUGGGUCAGUGUGGUCGACAGAGUGGCUGAGCAGGACACACAGGUCUAAGCAAAGGGCCUGCCCAGACAAUAUUUUUUAAUUGUUUAAAAAACAAAUAAAUGUUUUAUUUCUAGAAAA